GGCAGCAGCGGGGCCGCCGCCAUUUUGGAGGCAGCCGGAGCGCCCGCCCGCCGCUCGCCGCCCGCUGUCAGCGCAGCCCCGGCCGCGGCGCCCGCCUCGGACGCGGCCCAUGCCCGCCGGGCCGCCGGCCCUCGCAGCCAGGCAGCGCCACAGCGGCCUCGCCGCGGGGUGGAGGGCAGGCCCGGACCCCCAGCAGACUCUGCCUUCGCUUUCAAGGGGCUGGAGACCUCUGACCGAAGUUCACACAUCUGUGAUGUAAAUGCCUACUUCUGAGGAUAGGAAGCUUGAGGAAGAAUUCACACUGGAUGAAAAUAAUUUUCUGAAGCUGGGAAUAUUCCAGGAACUGUAACCCAAAUGUUUCUCUGUCCGUGGAGAAGAUUUCACAUUUGAAAUAACUUCUACUGAAGCUAGUUGUGUCCCAUCAACAUGUUCUGGAAGUUUGAUUUGAACACAACAUCGCAUGUGGACAAGCUGCUGGAUAAAGAAGAUGUGACACUUCACGAGCUCAUGGACGAAGAUGACAUCUUACAGGAGUGCAAGGCCCAGAACCGCAAGCUGCUGGACUUCCUCUGCCAGCAGCACUGCAUGGAGGAGCUGGUCAACCUCAUCACCCAUGAGCCCCCCGUGGACAUGGAGGAGAAGAUCCGCUUCAAGUACCCAAACACAGCCUGCGAACUGCUGACCUCGGAUGUGCCGCAGAUCAACGACAAGCUGGGAGGGGAUGAAACUCUGCUCAACAUCCUCUACGACUUCUUGGAUCACGAGCCUCCUCUGAACCCUUUGCUUGCCAGUUUCUUCAGUAAGACUAUUGGGAAUCUCAUUGCAAGAAAAACGGAACAGGUGAUUGCAUUUUUAAGGAAAAAAGACAAAUUCAUUAGCCUGGUGCUAAAGCACAUAGAUACAUCAGCCAUGAUGGACCUGCUGCUGCGCCUCAUCAGCUGCGUGGAGCCCGCGAGCCUGCGGCAGGAAGUGCUCAAUUGGCUUAAUGAAGCAAAAAUCAUUCAGAGACUUGUGGAAUUGAUCCAUUCAAGCCAGGAUGAGGACAGGCAAUCAAAUGCUUCUCAGACCCUGUGUGAUAUCAUAAGAUUGAGCAGAGACCAGAGCAAUCAACUCCAGGACAUACCUGAGCCUGAUCCACUUCUCACAGCACUGGAAUCGCAGGAAUGUGUGGAGCAACUCCUGAAGAAUAUGUUUGAUGGAGAACAGACUGAAAAUUGCAUAGUGAAUGGCACACAAGUUCUUCUGACGUUGCUGGAAACAAGGCGCUCUGGAGUGGAAGGACUGAUGGACUCAUACACUCAGGGAUUUGAAAGGUCUUACACUGUCAAUAGCAGCAUCUUACAUGGUAUUGAACCACGGCUGAAGGAUUUCCACCAGCUGCUGCUCAAUCCUCCCAAGAAAGCAGCAAUCCUGACGACAAUUGGAGUCCUGGAGGAGCCACUGGGGAACGCUCGUCUUCAUGGAUCUCGUCUAAUAGCUGCUCUGCUUCACACAAACACUCCCAGUAUUAAUCAGGAACUAUGCAGACUCAGUACCAUGAAUUUAUUACUUGACUUAUUUUUUAAAUACACAUGGAAUAACUUUUUGCAUUUCCAAGUGGAAUUGUCCAUAGCAGCUAUUCUCUCCCACUCUGCCCAAGAGGGAAAAACUACUACUACUAAUGACCUAGAAAGCAAAGAAGAGGUGCUGAAUGGAAACGUGGCCACAGAGAACAUAGAGACUCCAGAAAACAAUACGGAGAAUAUCAUGGUCACUCAUCUGUUCCAGAAAUGCUGCCUUGUGCAAAGGAUAUUAGAUGCCUGGGAAGCCAAUGACAAAAUACAGGCAGAAGGUGGGAUGAGGAGAGGCAACAUGGGCCACCUCACCCGGAUAGCCAACGCCGUGGUGCAGAAUAUGGAGAAGGGCCCCAUGCAGACUCAGAUCAGUGAGUUCAUUAAAGAGCUACCUGAGGAUUGCAGGGGGAGAUGGGAGAGCUUUGUAGAAGAGACACUGACGGAAACCAACAGGAGGAAUACAGUGGAUUUGGUGAGCACCCACCAUCUGCACUCCUCCAGUGAGGAUGAAGACAUUGAGAGUGCUUUUCCCAAUGAACUUUCUCUCCAACAGGCCUUCUCCGAGUACCAGAUCCAGCAGAUGACAGCAAACUUUGUGGAUCAGUUCGGCUUCAAUGACGAGGAGUUUGCAGACCAGGAUGAUAAUAUCAAUGCUCCCUUUGACAGGAUCGCAGAGAUAAACUUCAACAUCGAUGCAGAUGAUGACAGUGUGAGUCAUUUGAAAGAACCCAAUGCUUCCCUCUUCGAAGCCUGCUGCAAUGAGAGGAUCCAACAAUUCGAUGACAACGAGGAGGAAGAAGAUAUCUGGGAAGAGAAAGAAAUAACCUAUGCAACCCAAGUGAAAUCAAGAACACGAUUUGGAGCAUCUCAGACCUCAGAGAGUUCCUCAAAAAGUGAUCUUGAGAACGGGGAUCACGACGGCAGCGUGGACUCUGAAGAGGAGGAAACGGAGCAGCAGCCGCCUCCUUCCCAGGCAAACAGCAACAAGAAUAAUACUUCUGAGCAGAAAGACUCUGACUCCUCUGAAGGCUCUGGCUGGACAGCGGUGUUCGAGCCCGUCAACUCGAAGCCCCCCACGCCCUGUGUUGCCAUGGAUGUUGGAUCCAGCGUGUGGGAUUCAGCAGCCCCGGAGAACACCACGCCAGAGGAGAAAGGAUGGGCAAAGUUUACAGACUUCCAGCCCUUCUGCUGCUCAGAAUCGGGUCCACGAUGCAGCUCUCCCGUCGACACAGAAAGCAACGAUUCAGAAGGGAACCCGAAGCAGAGUCAAGACAAGAACUUCAGCACUGCCUCCCCCUGUGUUUGGAACGUCUGUGUCACGAGGAAAGCGCCGCUGGUGGCCUCAGACAGCAGCUCCUCCGGGGGCUCUGACAGCGAGGAGGAGGAGGACAAAGCUGACACCAUCACGGAAACCAUCAGCACGGGCUCAGGCCAGGAGACCAUCAAGCUGACCAUGGAUGCGAAGAACGAGAAGGCUGUUUUCACCAGUGAUGCAGAGUGCAUGGUUAUCGACUCGCUGGCCAUCACCGACAUCGGCACGACAAAAGCACCCAAACCCCGGAACAGCGUGGCCCAGCACGUGGAGGAGCACCAGAACACGGCUGCCAUGGUCACAGCGGUCACAGAAACAGCCACAAAAGACAGGAAAGAAGAAGUCUUGCCCUGUGCUGAAGCCACAUUAAAUGGCCCUGCUUGAUGAAACCGAUGCAAUGGGACGUGUGUGACCCAGGCCAGGCUGCUACCUGGUGAUGCAAUUUGUCAAUUUAUUAUUUUUUUGUUUUCUUUUUAAUUUUAUUUUUUAAUAAAUGCUGCAUUGAUGAGAGAGCUGGCAUUCAGGACCAGAGCCGCAGUUCCAACACCAACUAUCUGUUCUGAAAGACACUUGCAUUGUCUAAAUGUAGCAUUGAAUCAGUUAGUCAUCACAGGAAUGAUGGGGUUCUUCCCAAGCAAGCCUUCUGCCUAAUUUGAGUUCCAUGUCCCCUCUCUCCCUUGGUUUUGUUUUGUAUUUGGGGUUCAGUCCUAUUUUCUUAGUGUUAUUGCACACAGUAUUCAGCUUCUCUUCGGAAAGGUAGCAGGUCUAACGCUGGGACUUGGACAGUGCACAAGAGUCCCGCAGUCGUGUGACCAAAGUUCCUGAUGGAGCUGUCUUUGGGCAGCAUUUGCACCGCUUUUGUAUAGCAAUAAAGCCUUAUCAGAAACAUUUCAUAGGAGGAAAAGACGCAAACACUUUAAAUGGGAUGAAGCAGGGAGGGAUUUGAUUUUACACCUUCGUGGGGUGGGAGGGAAGCCGUUGACGUUGCCCUAAGCCAGAGGCCGAGUGGCUGACUUGCUGUAACGCUGAACUGUCUGGAGAAAUGGGAAGUGGCUGCAUUCCAGGGAAUGCUGCAUUCCAGGGAAUGCACAGUGCUCUCUCCUCUGGAGAUGGGGCAGUUCACAGCAGGAUCUUGGCUCUCUUAGCAAUUGGUCUCCUCAGUCCGAGCCAUCAAAACUCAACUUCCCGGAUGUCAUCCUCCGUUGGCUGGAGAGUAUGCAAAGGAGGGAGCUGUGAUUUGCCAGCUGAGAGGAGAACUGCCCCACUGGACUGCUGCCGUGCAGGACCGAGAGCAGAUAUGGCACAACCAGGUUAUCAGGUGUUUGCUGGCUUUUUGGAGACUUAAUGUAUUUUCAAAUGAUUAUGGAAAUCCUUUUCUGUUUGUUUUGUUCUGUUUUUAAAAUUUUUAAUGGAUGCAGGAACAGCAACACUUUUGCACUUUGUACCUAGUGACAACAUUGGAGAGUGACAUGGCCUCAGCACAGGACUCCUGCUGUUACUCCCCAGGUAGUUGGUCAUGGAGAAGCUUGGGUAGGGGGGACACGUGCCACUGCCUUGGGGCGGUAGAGUGAAACAGGCUGGAGCAAUGGACUGCACUUCACACUGCCUGGGAGCAAGGUCAGUUGAAGGUGUGUGCUUGACCCUGGAACACAGGAUCUUCUGCGUAGGCUGAAGCACCUACUCCUGUAAAGACUGUCCUGGUUUCAGACACAGCUCUGCACCGAGUGGUGCCGGCCUCUGCGUUGAGCCUGUUCCCAGGCCGGACUUGUGCACAUCGACCAUACGGGUGUAGGUGUUGGGCCACUCGCAGAAGCAGGCUCAGGCUGGAAACAGCACGUCACCACGACCAGAGCUCCAGUGCUUGUUCUCUUGCCCCUGUAGUCUAGAUACAGAGGUGGGCCUGCUUCUGUGUGUGAGCUGUGUGCUGAAACCCUCCUGUCAAAUGCUAAAACGCCGCUUUCUUCAUUAGUCCAAGACCUAAGCUGGAAAAUCAUUCACUUCGGAAUAAAAGCAUGAAGCUUGACACAUAGGUAGCCAAAUAGCUUCUUUUUCAGAUAUAUUCUCACUUGUGCAUAACGAGGGACUUUCCCCUGUGAGUACCUCACUCAGAUCUGUUGUAUGAGCAAAGGCAUCCUAGCCAGAUUUCAGUCUUUGUAAGAAGAAUCCUUUGUUUUACCUGUGAUAUGUAUGUAGUGCAUCUGAAAUCGUGUGAGAGGUGGGCUGGGGUGGUGGGGAGUGAGGAGAGCAAAGUGGUGUUCACUGUCAGUGUGUUCUGCUGGAUCAGUGUCCGCUGGUGCCGUACCCGCAGCACUCCUCGGUGUGCCAGAGAUAACACGUGGUCAUUGUUGCUCUUAGGGAAGGUUGAGGAAUUGCUUUGCUGGAAUAGCACAGUCGGAGGUUGCGGCGCCGGAGCGGGAUUAGGCUGCGGUGUGCUGGGCACUGGGGCCACUGUGUGCUGCUGACAUAGCUGGGUUUGUCCCAGCUGCAAUUCCUUGGGAAGCAGAUGCUUUCCUGGCACAAAACUGCUCUUCUGGAAGUCUCCUCACUCACUCCUUGUUGCUUAAAUUAAAUAAUGUAAACUUCUGUUGAGCCGGGAGGGAAACAAAUCCCUCACUUUCUGCUUUGGUUACUCUGCUCUUCGGAGAUCAGCCCCACUCUUAGCCAGGAUUAUCAGGAAGGAUGAGUGGGGUUGAGUUCCCAACUGGACACACAGCAAAGUCUUAAUUUCCAGAGGAUUGGUGCUAGAGGUUUUUCCUGAAAAUCAGGUUCUCUUUGGGCAUUCUUGAAACACCCAAACCUGCUACUAUGAAACCUGAAACAUCACUCAUGGAAUACAGCAUCAGCACAGCUGGUUGAAGACCAUGGUUGGGCCUCAGUCCCAUUCAGUACCAGGUGAUGGCAAUAGUUCUCUUCCAGUCUGUUCUUGACCAUGGUGCUUGCAGGUUCCACCAUGCUACAACUAUGACCAAGUCCAUUUAGGAGCAGGAGAGGAAGGGAAAUGUCCAUAGCAGGUACAGUUGGGAUCAUCCUUCCGGCUUGAUGCGUUUUCUGCCCCCUUGUUAAGCAGAUAAAUGAUCUUUGCAUUGGGUUACGUGGUAGACAGUGGUCACUUCCAGCACCUUGAGCUGUGCUGGCUGAUCCUGCAGGAAUUGUGAUCAUCUGUACCUGCUGGAUCUGGUGCUGGUGGUUUGGGAGCAGUAACCUCUGCCUCGGAAGUGCUGUGGCAGCAAUAACACCCUGAAGUGUUCAGAGAUACCCAAGGACGUGUCUGUCUGUGCCUUUCAUUGUGCAUCCUGAACCUGUCAUUUGUCAGCUUUUGGCUUUGAGUCUGUAAAGUUCAGCAGAAGCUUUAAUAACCCAUUUGAACAUAUCCAGUGAGCAGUUCCAAACCCCAAGUUAGUUACUGGGGGACUCAUUAUCUUGGUUUAUUAAUUUGAUUACUCGUGUCCAGUUACUUUUGUGACAAGGUGUUUUACCAGUAGUUAGUUGUGUGCACAAGCUCUCUUGCUUUUGUGACGGUGAAUGAUUCCUCCACUCUUGGGACUUAAGCUCUGGAUUAUACCUCAUUGCUCCUGUGGGAUUGUACUUCACACCAGCCAACAGGCUGAUCUGGGAAACGUUCCUUGUGCUUGGUGUGGUGGAGUUUGCAGUUCGGAUCACAUCCUGAAUCAGGGGAUGAUUUCCUUGCCUGGCUCAGAUGAUGCUAUAGGAAAACAAUGCAAAAAUUCCUUUCCAAGCCUGAGCUUCCCAUCUGUCUGGAGUCACAGUGGAUAUAGAUUCACUUACCCCUGUAAACCCCCUUGGCUUGCUUAGCUGCUUGGUCAGAAAGCAAUGAAGACCAAACAGAGGUUCCAUUCAGCACUGUCCUUCCUCCCUUCUGUGCAGUAUUUUGAAUCUGUCCAUAUCAAUAGGGUAUAUAUAAUUUUAGGUUUGACUAUGUAUACUGAUGAGUGUGUAUAUAGAUAUAUAUUUGCAAUAUGUAUUAUUCCAUGUAUAUUUAUACACACACGGCUGGAUAUUGUGAGAAACCUGGUGAAGCAGAUACUCAGAGCACAAUGAGCCUUUUAUAUCCAUGUACAGCUCCAUGGUCAGUGACAAACCUCGUUGUACAAGACCAAAACCAGUGAGGCAUUAUCAUACCGAGGGAAAAUGCUGCUGGAACAUCGUAGUUCAGUGCUGUUACCUGGCUGGGCAUUGCAGUGGUGGGUUACAGGAGAGCAGUGGCUUGUGCAGUGAUCUCCCGUGGUUUGGAGUCAUGAUUUCUGUUGCUUACUACAGGCUUUGAAUGCUGCAGGGACAACAGGGCUGUGGACAGGGGAGAUGUGGAGUUGGAUUCAGGGGUUUAACUCCCUCAGUGUCCCAAAGAGGUGAGGUCCUCUCUGGAGAUGUAUCCAUCAGCUUCAAUUCCCACUUAGGUGGGAUAGUCCUUUGAAGGAAGGAUCAAGGAACAUGACUGUUGUUUACUCAUCAGUUUCACCGGUUCUACAACAAAUUUUUCCUACACGCAAAUACCACAUAUUGCUGCUUCUCUUGAGUGAUAACAGUUAUGGGAGACAAAAUCCCAGUUAUCCACCUGGAUAAUACAUCCUCACCUAAGCCUGAUACAAAUUUCAUGAGCGUCCCAAGGCUUUCGUAGGAUCACAGGAUGGUUUGGGUUGGAAGGGAAGAACUUCUGAAGAUCUCAUCCAAGGGCUUUGCUACCCUUACUGCUUUCUAGAGGUGCAGGAUGGAAAACCAGUGGGUGCACACAUUUAACAAGAAGGGGAAAACCCAACAACAAUAACAAACCCUACCUUAUUCCCCUCAGCAUCUGUUCCAAACAGCUCGGGCAUUCCAGUUUGCCGGUGGAAAGGAUUUGGGGAUGGCGCAGUGUGCAAGGGGUUGCAAGCUGAGGGACAUUCCUAAAUGACAUAUCUAAGGGAAAAAAAUGAAGAUGUGGGAUCCAGAAAUCAGCCAUUGAGCUGUAUUUGAAUCACGAUUUAUCAGUGGCAUCACUUCAAGCACCUCUCAGUGCCAGUCACUAGAGGUUUACACCAUACUAUAAGCUCCUUACUCAGCCUCAGCGCCUUGGUUUCCCUCCUGCCCUGUUGGAGCUGUUGCCUGGGCGUACAGCCCAGGGCUCUGCAGCCCAUUCUGGGGCUUUGGGGUUUUACACCUCUUCUUUGCCACCCUUACCCAUCUUCUGUCUUACUUUUGUCAGCAUUUACUAAGAAGGUUUCUUUUCUUAGACUUUCCGUUGUGCUGAUCUCUGUCUUACUGUAGGAGGAGCCUUGUUUUCUUCAGUUCUUUGGUGUAGCUGGUGCAGGAAACAGCUGCCACAUGGCAGAGUCCUUCAUUUCUGCCAACAUUGAAGACUAAAGCAGUUUGCCUGUCAUGGGGGAAGAGGUACAACAAGCUCUUGCAAGUACUCAGACUGUGCAGUUGAUGUCCCCUGAGGCUUCAUGGGAGAGGAAGGUCCUGCAUCCUGGCUGCCAGAUUAAUGAUACUUGAUACAUAAGAUCAUUUGAUACUUUUGCAGUGUAAUAUUGGCUUUUUUGAUGGCAGACAGCAGCUCAUCCUGCACUUUUCAGUCCUUUAAAGAACAGGUUUUAUUCUUCUCUUUCUCUUCCCAAGCAGCGAUCUCACCCUGAAUCAUGUUCAGAAAUGACAAACGAUUGUGGUGUUACAAGAGGUUUUGGUAUCAUUAGACAAGAGAUAAAAUGAAAACUGCUGUCACAACAACAUGGUGAUGUCCUUUGGUUUGUUGGGGUUUCUUUGGCAUCAGUUGUCUCUGAAAUCCUCUUUGCCACGUUCUCUUUUGUUCCUAAAGCAUCUGCAUCUCCAGCCACGAGCUCUCGCAAGGCAAGUGGAAUGCACUGCGUGCUCUUGCCAACCUCAGCUUGAAAAUAGAACAUUUCAGAUGCUUCUCCCUGAAAUUCAGUUUCUUAAUCUCGUCCCAGUCCCUUAGUGUUAGGGGAGAACCUCACGUACCUCAUUCCAGAAGGGGAAAGCACUGGGGCGGGGGGGGGGGGGGUGCAGUACAGUGCGGGUUCGUGAUUCAGGAAUGUGGCUCUUGGCUUCUCUGGUUUGGACAUCACAACCAGCCAAACAGCUUGUUGUGAGGAGAUCUUAUUCUGUUCAAAUUGCGUGGGAUGGAGGCUUGACCUCAGAAAGAGCUGAAGGAAGAUGAGGAGUUGUACCAGGGUGCAUCUGCCUUCACAGCAUCUUCUUGUUUACUACUCAUUGCCUAAAGUAGGACACGUUGGAGCACUGCACACAGGAAAUGCUCAGCAGCCUCAUGACUCUGCACUCGUGAUGCUGCCCACUUCCGAGGGGGGGUGGAGAAGCUGUUGCUGUUGUUGCAGAGUGCAUUUACCAUUGCUGUUAGCUUCUGCUCCUUAACACAUACGGUGCUACUGCUGCUUGCUUUUCUAGUCUUGUCCUAGCUUGCAUGGUUUCCUUAAUCAGGGUGUAGAAGGAUUGUAUUGAGCCUUGUUACUCAAACCAGCAUCAUAGAAUCAUAGAAUCAUCACAGACUGGUUUGGGUUGAAGGGACCUUAAAGCUCCUCCAGCCCCAACCCCUGCCCCGGGCAGGGACACCUUCCACUAGAGCAGGUUGCUCCAAGCCCCUGUGUCCAACCUGGCCUUGAACACUGCCAGGGAUGGGGCAGCCACAGCUUCUCUGGGCACCCUGUGCCAGUGUCCCACCACCCUCACAGUAGAGAAUUUCUUCCUCAAUGUCACCUAACUCUCCCGUAUUUAAGGUCAAAACACAGCUGAUGGGAAGGUUCUGGUAAACCCAAGCAGGCAUUUUCUCACUUAGGAACUUCAGGACAAAUCUGAAUGUAAAAAAGAAUCAAUUUGGCUCCCAAACAUUGGCUUUUCUCAUCUGAACCUCACUUACCUCAUUCCAGAAGGGCAUCAUGGUGACCAGACCCACCUCCCUCAUGUGUCUCUCCUAGUGACUGUUACCUCUCACCUUCCACAGUGUGUGCAUAGAAAUGUUCGUGAGAUACACCUCUAUAUAAAGUGUAUUUUUCUAUUUCAUGCUGAUGAGAAGAAUCCUUCUCCUCCUCCUGACAUUGGGGCUUUUAUAAAGGACAGAUCCUUCCCCGUCUGUUUUUUAGUUUCUCAACUUAUUUGGACAGAUGUAAACUAUUAAACUCUUUUAUCGUGUAAUUUUGAUGUUUGUGGCUCAUUUUCCAGAACUUUCUAGGACUUCUAGAAAUGCUGUAGAGAAUCUCCCACUGUUGGUGGGUAUUGAGCAAGCUCAAAGUCAGCACCAUCGCAUCCCAUUGCUGGUCGCUGCCAAAGUGUCUCCUAGACUAGAUCCAUAAUGCAACUAGACUUGAAACACAGUUAGCUCCAGGCACAGCAAAUGUUAAUCAAAGACUUCUCAUCGUGCCCAUCAUGGAAUUCUCACUCAUUGGUCAGCCUAUGGAAAUCCUUUGCCAGAAUGUUGGAUGUUGUGUUGGAGCCAGCCAGGCGAGGUCCUGGUCCUGCUCUGUCCUUGUUUAGUGUGUGAUAGGGUGUAUGGAGGUCUCUUGGUGCUGCAUCGUCUGGGCUUUGAUUUACAAAACAGGUCUUGAGAACCAGCUGUGGUACUUUUUGCACCACAGGCUGUGCGGAAGGAGGGACAGGAAGCCCGGCAGCUGGAACCGUGGUCCUUGCGUUUGGUGGCACUUGCCUUCAGGGAUCCUCACCGCAUAGCAGUGACCUUGCACUGAAACUUUAACUCUUUUCCUGCUCAUAGAAUCAUAGACUUGUGGAUUGGUUUGUGUUGGAAGGAACCUUAAAGCUCCUCCAGCUCCAACCCCUGCCCCAGGCAGGGACACCUUCCAUUAGAGCAGGUUGCUCCAAGCCCCUGUGUCCAACCUGGCCUUGAACACUGCCGGGGAUGGAGCUUUAAGGUCCCUCCCAACCCAAACCAGUCUGGGAUUCUGUGGCUCUGUGAUUCUUACUCUUUCAGAAUCAAAUAACAUAAACCAUUAGUUACCUCAUGCUAUAAAUUAGUGUACAUUUGGACUGUAACAUACAUGAGAUAUACAGUAACAUGAAAAUAUGCAUGUUACAUGAAAACAUUGUGAAAUUAGAGAGUAUUUAGUGAAUAACAGUUGCAAUCAUUCAUUCAGUUUUCGGUUCCUGUCCAUGGUUUGAGAUUGAAACAUUCUCUUUGUAGAGUAUCUUCACAGUCAUCCUCAGAGCUCCAUUUUCUUUCUGCUUGAGCCUUUGAACAGAGUUUUCUUUCCUUCCUAAAAUGAAUUGGCCAAAGCACAGGAUGGGAGAGUUCAAAGGGCUGGGGUCUCCUUUAUUUCUGUUCAGAAAGUUCCUUCGUGUGACAUGUGUGCUAUUAAUCUGUGAUUCAUUGCCAUCUCUUGCAUCACAUCCCUCUUUGCCCUUUUAAACCUCAGUGUAUCUGGUGAAACUUGACCAAGAAAAGGCAUUUGUGCUCACGUAGAUACCACCAGCUCCUGCCUGGGAUAGAGCUGGUGGGGUUUUUAUCUUCAGUUUGUCUCAUUUCUCACACUUUCAUACUUUACCUUUUAUGGUGCAGAUCCACAAGAGCAUCCUUCCCUGCCUGCCUUCCCCGAAACUCUAUCAUGGGAUCAGGGCAGAAUUGCAUCAUCUUCCAAGUACAUGCGUUAUCUUUCUUGCUCCGAGAUGCAUUGGCAGCAUCUGCCAUCACUGCUCUGAUGGAAUCCUCCUGUGGGGUUGGGGUUGCCCUGGCUGGGUCAGGUUUGUUACCCCAUUCCCCCCCGGAACCCCAUCCCUGCCCCAGCAUGGAGCUCACCCUCUUGGCAAUCCAGCUGAUGAGCGAGUGCCCUGGAAGGAGCAGUCAGCUUCUAGGGCAAGCCAAUGAUCAGCAAUAAGAAUUCCAGCUCGAAAAACACCGGGUGCCUUUGGUUUAAUUCACAGUCAUUUCUUCUCAUUACAGCUUUGCAGCCAAGUCAUGUUUCAUCUCCAGACAGGCAGGAAAAAGGGAAGGAGAACAUGAUGCACCGAAGGAUCCCAAUGAUCAUUUCCCAAUACCCCACUGUUGUUCCGAGUGCCUUAUAUCCAUCCAGAUCCCAACGAAAGGUGUUUGUGUUCCUUGUGCUCUUCUUCCGCUUCCUC